AUGCUCUAUUAUUCGGAGCACGAACCCUUAGACAAGCAGAUGCUCACCCAACAGCUAGCAAAAGCCAAUGAUGACAAUGAGGUGUUGUUCUCGGUGCUGUUGCUGGCGACGGCGAACUCCAGCUAUUUGUGGUUCGAUGAGGAGCAUUGUCCCAACAAUGUGAAGCUGUGCCAGAUGUUGAGGGAGAAAGCAGGUCGCAGCAACAUGCGCUUUGUGAUUUGUCCCACAACAAAAGCAGCCCAAGAGGGCUGGAACCAUCACCCACCUGCCUUGCAAAGCGUUUUCGGUGAAUUUUUGUCAGAUUCAGCUGAGCUGCAUGUGUGGAACCAUUUCAACGCGGAUGAGGAACUUGACUCGGAAUGCUUUUGCAGCUUGAUUGCCAAAGAGGCGAUCCAACCCCAUGCGCUCACAGAGCAGCAGGCUGCUAGAAGCUGGUGGUGGCCAUCCAUUUUGCGUUUACCGGCUACAGUUGUAGUUAUAGCUGCGCUUACAGAAAUUCAGAGGCGCGGCCAGCAGAUUGAACACCUCCAGGCUGAGGCUGCUUCCCAGAAAAACGAGAGUGUGGCCGAAAUCCAGAAUCUUCAGCAGCAGCUGCGGGCUGAGAAAAACAAGAGUGAAGUGGAAAUCCUGAAGCUUGAGCAGCAGCUCCAGGCCAGGGAAAAGAAGAAUGAGGUGGAAAUCCAGAAGCUUAAGGCCGAGAAAGACAAGAGGGAUGUGGAGAUUCUGAAACUCAAUCUGGAGAUUCUGAAACUCAAUCAGCAUAAAGAGUUGCUGGCAGAGGCUGCUUCCCAAGAACAAGAUAGCGAUGCUCCAGUUCAUAAGCUUAACCAGCAACCGGCUGAUCAUGAGAAAGGCUUACUUCAUCCAUGGGUGGUUCACUUGUCGCAGCCAGAUUGGCUCAUGAGCGCUGCUUCAGCUCUUGCGCCGGGGAUAUUCUUCAGCAUUGUGCAGUUCACGUUAGACAAUGCUGAGCAGGUUACAGCUGCAGGAUAUGUCCUUUCAGGAGCAAAGCUGCACUGGCUGGUUAUGGCCGCGGCUUGCAAGGACAUGUGGCUCGUCAGAAUUCAGGAGGGUCUGGACAAGAGUUUGCCUACGGUUGAGCCAACUGUGGAGUUGGUUCACUAUUCCGAGCAGGAAGCCUUAGACAAGCAGACGCUCAGCCGGAAGCUAGCGAAGACGGAUCAUGACGACGAGGUGCUGUUCUCGGUGCUGUUGCUGGCGACGGCGAACUCCAGCUAUUUGUGGUUUGAUGAGGAGCAUUGCCCGAACAAUGUGAAGCUGUGCCAGAUGUUGAGGGAGAAAGCAGGUCUCAGCAAUAUGCGCUUUGUGAUUUGUCCCACAACAAAAGCAGCCCAAGAGGGCUGGAACCAUCACCCACCUGCCUUGCAAAGCGUUUUCGGUGACUUUUUGCCAGAUUCGACAGUCCCUGAAACGUGGACGGACUUCAACCCUGAAGCUGAUGUCGAGUCUGCACAUAUUUGCAGCUUGUGUGAAGAGGUGAACCAACCUCAUGCGUGGCAGGCCGGAGAACGCCGAAGGCCAUCAACUCGGCAGCCUGGUCACCGUGGCUGCUUCGUUCUUGGUGCAUCAAAGCCUGUGCAGGAAGUGCAGAAAGUCAAAGAGGCCGAUGAUGCGGACAAGGAUGUUGCCCGGCCAAGCAGCCUGCUUGGGCGAUGCUGGACGACCAUCCAAACGAUGGUCAGGAGAUGUCAGGAGGCUUUCGGGGACAGCAAGGAAGUCAAAGAAAAAGAGGCAGAGACAAAGAGGCAGAAAGUCAAAGAGGCAGAGCCAGCAGCAUUUCCCCAAAUUCGCGACCGAACCGAAGAGGAGGAGACCUGUGCUUUGGACAUGUCACUAUCAAGAGGUCGCAUCAUGAUGGGAAGCUGGUGUAUAUUGGAUAAGAAGCCUCUCAAAAAUCCCAAGGCCAAUGUGUGGACAAGGAUGACAAGGAUGAUCCGACCCAUAGUCAGGCUGCAAGAUGUGCCUCUGGGUCGGAAGUUUCAAUCAACUGGACCCACAUGGAAAAUGCGACUGGCAGCGGCUUGCACGGGUAGGCCGUCCAGUGGAUCUUUUUCGGAGAGGUUGAAGCUGCCCAGCCUUGUGCAGAAGAAGUUGCUCGCCGCUCUUCUGGCUUCAGGCAGGUCCCAAAGAAUGGCCGAUGAGGCCAUGCGAGAGCCAAUCUUGGCCCAGCAUCUUGGAUCAGCAGAGGUUGUGAUCAAUCUUGUCAUGUCAGCGACUGAGGCAGCUCUUGAUCUCCCUCAGCUGUGCAAGUAG